AUGUCACCAUUAAGUAAUAAUUCAUUAUUUAUUAAUUACCAUCAAAAUCCAUUGUUGGAAUAUUUUCAACGUGGUCUUUGCGUUUCCUUAUCAACAGAUGAUCCACUACAAUUUCAUUUUACUAAGGAACCAUUAAUGGAAGAAUAUUCAAUUGCUGCUCAAGUAUGGAAAUUAUCAUCGGUUGAAAUGUGUGAAUUAGCACGAAAUUCUGUUUUAAUGAGUGGUUUCUCUGAUGAAGUUAAAAAAUCUUGGCUUGGUCAAAAUUAUAAAGAACCUGGUAUUUUUGGUAAUGAUAUUCGUCGUACAAAUGUACCAAAUAUUCGAAUAGCCUAUCGAUAUGAAACAUUCUGUGAAGAACUUCGUUUACUUAAAGUUGCCUAUCACAGUCGACAAGAAGUAAUCUUAUUUUUUUAA